AUGGUCAUCUGGUUCCCGGACAUGGUGAGGGAUGUCAUCGGCAGCUACAAGAAGUGGUGCCGGAGCAUCCUCCGGCGCACCAGCCUCAUCCUCGCGCGCGUGUUCGGGCUGCACCUGCGGCUGACCAGCCUCCACACCAUGGAGUUUGCGCUGGUCAAGGCGCUGGAGCCGGAGGAGCUGAACAGGGUGGCGCUGAGCAACCGCAUGCCCAUGACGGGCCUCCUGCUCAUGAUCCUGAGCCUCAUCUACGUGAAGGGCCGCGGCGCCCGGGAGAGCGCCGUCUGGAACGUGCUGCGCAUCCUGGGGCUGCGGCCCUGGAAGAAGCACUCCACCUUCGGGGACGUGAGGAAGCUCAUCACCGAGGAGUUCGUGCGGCAGAAUUAUCUGAAGUACCAGCGCGUGCCCUACGUGGAGCCCCCCGAGUAUGAGUUCUUCUGGGGCUCCCGGGCCAGUCGUGAGAUCACCAAGAUGCAGAUCAUGGAGUUCCUGGCCAGGGUCUUCAAGAAAGAUCCCCAGGCCUGGCCUUCCCGUUACAGAGAAGCUCUGGAGGAGGCCAGAGCUCUGCGGGAGGCCAAUCCCACCGCCCACUACCCUCGCAGCAGUGUCUCCGAGGACUAGCGAGGUCUGGAGGCAGACGAAUAGUUUCUGACCCUCGCCAGGGCUGUGGAAGGGUGGGGGCGGGCCAUUAGCGUAUGCAGGAUUUACAGUGCAGUAUUCACGUGUAACUUUUAAGUUUUCAGUACAGUGCUUUUAUAACUUUUAAGGCAAUGUUGUAUUCAUUUGGGUACUAUUAAGUAGUGUUUAGGAUUUAUGCAUGUAUGUUUAUGAGUAAGCUCAGUUGGUGCUUUCGCUUUUGUGCUACCUUUCUUGAAUUUUUGUACCGGAGACAUGCUAAACUCAUGAAACACAUUGAGAGUUUCCAUCUUAUUCUUUCCUAUGCGACGAAAGAUGUGUACUGGGAUAGACUGUUCCUGGAGAGUUUGGAAGAACUCACUAGCAAAGCUGGCCUAACUGAGAGAAAAGUCAAGGACUCUCUCUUUAUGACCUCGCUGGGCACAGGACACAACCAUGUGGAGUGAACUGAUUUGAACUGAACUGGUCUCAAUGUGAGCAUUUGGCACACUUUACUGAAUAUGUAUUCAACCCCACCAUAAGUCAGUUUUAAAGUAAACAUUAAAGAUUCUUGUGAUACAAUCA